UUUGCCCGUGCGCACCGCUUGUUAUCGAACGCGCUUCGCAAAGAAUUAUCAAAACAAAAAGUUUCUCAGAAGCGUGCGUGUGUCCUUGUGCCCGUAAAAGUGCCAAAAAUAAAUGGAUUGCAGUGCUUAAGUGUGUAUUAACUGUGUUAAUAAACGUUUUUGAUUUUUUUCAUACACUUAAAAACUACUUGAUUUGAUCGAGACGAGAAUGUUCGACUCAUUCUGAAUCAGCACGGAAAACCGGGAAAUUAUGGUAAGCGCCGACCUAACGACCGCCAGCCCAACGACAAUGUCGGAAACAGAACGUAAGUCAUUGACAAAACGUAUCAUAUCUUCGCUGUCCUUCUUUAAAGACAAGAAAAAAGAUAAAUGCAAGAACGAGAAAGAGAAGCAGACUGAAAAUAAAAAUGUGCAAGCACAGAACGAAGACAAACCGAAUCCCGUUGAGAAGAUACUGGAGAACCUGCAGAAGCUAGAGAUUGCGAAAGAGAACACGCGAAAAGAAGAAGAAGACGAUGAAUCGGAGUUCUUCUGUUUCAAAUCAAUAGAAGAAGACAGGAGAAGCGAAAGGGUCGACUCGCAUUCCUCUGAAGACAGCGGUUUCGUUGACACAAAAGAGGUCGUUGAAGGUUUAAAAUGUUUGAAGAUCGAGAAAGACGAAGUUAAAAGUGGAGAAAAGAAGAAACAGAUUGUGGUCCUCGCUAGGAAACCGCCGAAAGAGAAAGUAUAUUGCCGCGUGGCGAAGCCUUAUGAUGCCGAAGACUUUUACAGACAGAUAAAGCAGAUAAACAGGAAGACCCUAACCGGCGGACAGGUUUUAGUCAAUUCGAUUCAGACCGACAACUAUUCUGAAGUAGACCGAGCCUUGAACAGCGUCAAGGAAAUCGCUCAGACCUCGCAACAAGAACAGGGCUACUGGGAAGACGUUCAGGACAUGAUCGACGGCGACUACCACAGCAAAGAAUCGGAUAUACUGUCAGAAUUCUUCCCCGCGAACCAGCAAUUUUACGAACCUAUCGCCAUAGUCCCGACUUCGACGCCAGAAGCGAAUCCAAUCGAAGAGUUCUCGUGCGCAAAUCACCUUAACUACGAAGACAGCGUCGACGUAACGUCGAUCCUGAAUCUGGACCACAUGAAGGACCUGAGUCCCGCAUCGAAUAUAUUCCCGACGCCGCCAAGGUCGGAGAACGUGCCUAGCCCGAUAUCUGAGUCGCAAACUUCUUACUACCCGUCGAAUUCAGAUUACACGCUCUCUCCGGAACUAUCGCCGGUUUACUGCAGCGAUUACGAGAAGUACCAGGACCUGACGAGCUACGAGGAAUGUCCCAACGAGACGGACAAGACCAGGGAGAGAUCAACAUCCAUUUGCUCGAUGAAGAUGAAGCAGUUCAAGGACCUGCAAAAGGAAAUAGCGGCGGGUUUCUCCAAGAUGGAAUGCUGUGAGGUCAUGAGGAAGUCCUGCAAGGAAAUUCUGCAGGAGCAUCUGUUGAAAUUGAACGCCGAGCUGAGGAGGAAAAUUUGCGUCGAAGUCACUCAGAUGAAUUUGAAAACCUGUUAUGGUGUGAUGCAUCAUAUCUUGCUGAGCUUAUCGAAGAGCGGUGACGACGAGGAUCUCCAGUAUUCCCUCUUCGGUCUCAUUUGCGAGAGGGUACUGGCACAGAAGCCUGCGUUGUUCGCUGACGACUUUGGUCUUAGCUUACUGAAGUCAGCUGUUCUCCGCUGUUCUCACCGUCCCUUCCUGACUCGCUGCGUUGUUCAGGCAAUACGAACAAGCUUGAAGUCGAACCCUGAACUGUAUGCUGGAAAGGACUGCAUAUUCACGGAGGUGGACGCACAAGGCGACACUCUGGUCACGGCUUGCGCCCGCGCCGGCGACGCCUACGCUCUAGUGCUCAGCGAGAUAACGAGAAACGAAUAUCGCGAACAGCCGCCGCUAUUCAACGUCAAUCACGUUAACUGCGAUGGUCAAGCUGCUCUCCACCUCAGCUGUUCCUUGCACAGCAAACAGUCUCCGCGCAUACACGUCACCCACGUGCUCCUAGAACAUUCCGGAGCUGAUCUGCAGCAAGGCGACUCCAAAGGCGGCGAUACACCGAUACAUCUAGCAGUCAACUCGAUCAACUGCGAUCUCCAUCUGGUGCUGUUGCUAUUCAAAACCGUCGAUAGGAAGUCGUGGAAGAACCUCGCGUAUCUGCGCAAUAGGAGCUUCGUCUCGCCUUUCGAUUAUGCCCGUUCGGCCGCCAAAUCGACAACAAGACAGAACUAUCCGCCCGAGAUACUGGACUUCUUCAAGAAAUGCCGUUGAGGAAGCCGACGUCACGAGGAAAAAUCGCAAUUAAAAAAUUCGUUGUGCCUUGAAGGAAUUUGAGACUAAAAGUUGUUAAUAGCGCCAUCUAUCGGCCAGGAAACGAACCGAAAUGCGUUUCGGUACCGGCGACAUCUCUCGACAGAGCUGGUCAAUUAAAAUCGUUAAUUCGCAUCAACUUUUGUGCGUACAAAGUGAAAUUCGCUUUGCAAAUCUCCAUCAAAAUUGGAAAAAGUUCCAAUUCCAAGUUUUAAAGAAAACAUAUUUUAAGUCAAUCAAGUUUUAUUUUUUGAUACAUAUAGAAUAUCACAAGUUUAUGUAUGUUAAGGAAUAACUAAGCAUUUUUUUUUACAUUCAAAAACCGCUUUGAAUCGGUUAAAAUAUCUGUAAUUAUAUUAAACAAUUGUCUUUGAAUAACAGACCAUAAGAAAUGAAAGGGAAAAUCGAUGAUCAAUCAAUUCUAAAAAUACAAUAUCACUGUCAAUAACACGUGACAUUGACGCUGUCAGAAAAUCUGUUAAUGUUAUUAACACUUGUUUCACACUUUGUAAUUUUUACAAUAAUUUUUAAGCAUAUCAUAAUUUUAGUAAGUAUUUUAUAUUAAACAUUUUUAUAUAUUUUUAAGACGAGGUCUGAUAUAUACCACCGUGUUCCAUCAUGAAGAUUCGCUUGAGACUUCUCUUGAGACCUCAAGAGCUCUCGAUGAGGUCUCUUUAGCAGCGAAUAUAACCUGGCUAUUGGAGAACUGUAUUUCAAUUUGAAAUAUAAUUUGAAAAGUGUGAAUUGAAACAAAAAAAAUACCUAAAUUCCCCAGUAAAUUUAUUCAGGCUCUCUAAGAUUAAUUCGCACCCGUAAAUAUGAAUAUAUUGACAAUUGUCAAUACAUAACGCAGACCUACAACCCGACACUGUCAAUAAAGACAAUCUAACUGAUCAUUAUAAAGGAUUUUUUAAUUCAUCAAUAUUUUUUGUGAUCAAUCAAUGAUAUAUCUUUUUAAAUCGCCCAAUAAAAUCUAAUAAUAAUUGAAGACAUUAGUGGAUGAGGGGUUAAGUACCGUUCUUAAGAUUUUUGAGUUUUUACGUUGAAUGAAGGCGUAUGUUAGAGCAUAUUAGACCUUGAAACUUCGGCUUUAAAGGCUAUUUUUAGAAAUCGCAUGUGACGAAAGA